UGCUAACGGUCGUGGACUCUGGGCGGAUCGUCCACGCGGCCGUGGGAGGGCCUGGAGCGUGACCGGCGUCAGGUGGGAGCCCGUGGACCACCGAGCUGGCCCGGAAGUAUCCGAUUUAAAGCAUGGCAAAGUUCUUUUCAUUGAAGAACUUCACUGCACUUUCAGAUCUUCAUCCAAAUAUGGCUAAUCUGAAAAUAAUCGGAAUAGUUAUUGGGAAAACAGAUGUCAAAGGCUUUCCAGACAGAAAAAAUAUUGGAUCAGAAAGAUACACUUUGAGUUUCACCAUUCGUGACUCACCAGACCACUUUGUGAAUGUAUCCUCCUGGGGCAGUGAGGACUACAUCCGCUCGCUGUCGGAGAGCUUCAGGGUUGGUGAGUGUGUGAUAAUUGAAAAUCCCCUGAUCCAAAGAAAGGAGACAGAAAGAGAAGAAAAGUUUAGCCCUGCAACUCCUAGCAACUAUAAACUAUUGCUCAGUGAGAAUCACUCAAUGGUAAAAGUUUGUUCCCCUUAUGAAGUGGAUACCAAGUUACUUUCUUUGAUACACUUGCCUGUUAAAGAAUCUCGAGAUUAUUACUCAUUGGCUGACAUUGUUGCAAAUGGACAGAGUCUUGAUGGGAGGAUUAUUAAUGUGCUUGCAGCUGUGAGAUCGGUUGGAGAGCCAAAAUACUUUACAACUUCAGACAGAAGAAAAGGCCAGAGGUGUGAAGUUAAACUCUUUGAUGAAACAGAACCUUCUUUCACAAUGACAUGUUGGGAUAAUGAAUCCAUUCUACUUGCACAGAGCUGGAUGGCACGAGAAACAGUAAUAUUUGCCUCUGAUGUGAGAAUAAAUUUUAACAAAUUUCAGAACUGCAUGGCAGCAACUGUAAUCUCAAAAACCAUUGUCACAGUGAAUCCAGAUACACCAGAAGCCAAUAUUCUACUGAAUUAUAUAAGAGAAAGUAAAGAGACAAAUGUAGCUGAUGAAAUUGACAGUUAUUUGAAAGAAUCCGUAAACUUAAACACAAUUGUUGAUGUCUAUACAGUGGAACAGUUAAAAGUAAAAGCUUUGAAAAGUGAAAGAAAAGCUGAUCCUUUCUAUGGCAUCCUUUAUGCUUACAUUUCUACAUUGAACAUUGAUGAUGAAACUACCAAAGUAGUUAGAAAUAGAUGGUAUUACCUUGCUUAAAAAGUAAAGCCCAGGACUGGCGAGAUGUCUCAGCAGGUAAGAGCACUGACUGCUCUUCCGAAGGUCCUGAGUUUGGAUCC